CGCUCUCGCGUUGUUUUGUAUUCGAUUGCUGUAGUUUGCUGAAGUUGGAGCAACAAUUUGUGGAGCGUUCAUUACAGCAGAAUAUCGGCAAAUCGUUUUAAGUGCGAAGUGAGUUAAUUGACACGAGCGUACAUCAGAAAUAUACAAAUUUAAUAGCUAUAAAUCUUGGCAUAUCUCAAUAUAAAUCAGUGUGUUCAUUGAAAAAAACGUCGACUUGGUGAUUUACCUAAGCUGCAUUUAUUUCUGAGGCUAUGAGCGCUUCGAACGUGGCAUUUUCGGUGGAAAACCAACAAGAUAAGCAGAAAUAGGCGUAAUCAAGCAGCGGAAAAAUAGCAAACAUAAUCAUUAGAAAGCAAAGCUUAAGCUAAGAAGUUCCUGUAUUGUUGUUUGUUAUUGUAUUCGCGCGUUAAGCCGUGCAACACUGAGGUCAAUUUCACGUACACACAAUGAUUGCUGGCUACGGACCGGUCAUGCAGGCCCUUUUGGGUACGCUCUUCACGUGGGGAUUAACGGCAGCAGGUGCAGCUUGUGUGAUAUUCGUGCGCGGCAAUCAACGCAAAUCACUUGAUGCCGCAUUAGGAUUUGCUGCUGGCGUCAUGAUUGCUGCUUCAUUUUGGUCACUUCUAAAUCCGGCUAUAGAAAUGGCUGAAAGUUCACAUCUCUAUGGCGUUUACGCCUUUUUGCCGGUUUCAGGCGGUUUUCUAUUGGGUGCCAUCUUUGUUUAUGGCUGUGAUCGGCUAAUGUCCUUUCUGGGACUCAACAGCACGAAUAUGAUGAUUUCAAUGACACAAACAAAUAAGGACAAAGCCGAUAUCGCUAUCGAUGAUAUACGCAACAGUCAAGGCGUUUUGGAUCGUACUGUAGCCAAAAGUAUGGACAGUUUCUCCGAUUGCUUGAGCACACAACAUGGCAGCAUUGAAACGCGAAGACGCAAGAAGAAUAGUGCUGUAGAGGUGGAAGCGCAACGCACCUAUACAACCGAAUCUCAACGGAACAUUGACAACGCAGUGGCGCAAUGGAAGCGCAUUAUGUUGCUUGUGGUUGCAAUUACGGUGCACAAUAUACCCGAGGGUUUGGCAGUUGGCGUCAGUUUCGGUGCUAUAGGCAGUACUAAUUCUUCCACAUUCGAGGCAGCACGCAAUCUAGCGAUUGGUAUUGGUAUACAGAAUUUCCCUGAGGGUCUGGCUGUCAGCUUGCCACUGCAUGCGGCCGGUUUCAGUGUGACACGCGCAUUAUGGUAUGGCCAACUUUCCGGCAUGGUGGAACCAAUCUUCGGCAUUUUGGGCGCAGUGGCAGUAACACUAGCCAAUCUCAUAUUACCUUAUGCACUAUCAUUUGCUGCGGGCGCAAUGAUCUACAUUGUUGCUGACGACAUAUUGCCCGAAGCACAUGCCAGUGGCAAUGGAACAAUUUCUACUUGGGGCACGGUAGCAGGUUUCCUUAUAAUGAUGUGCCUUGAAGUGACCCUCUCCUGAUGUUACAACUACUGUAAUUGUUUUAAAUGUUGUAUAGUUAACUACAUGUACAAGAUUUUGCAGAAGCAAACUUAUAACAAUCACUUGAUUUGGCACUACGUAUGAUAUGAAAAUGCUGUACCAAAGCAUGAUUUUUUGAUUUUUUUUAAGUGACAAACGCAUGAAUUUUUAAACAAUGUACUAAUGUAAAUGUGUGUAUCCUGCUUGUGUACACAAGUUAUGUGCAUAUAAAUGUAGAUUCAUUGAAUGUGUGUGUACAUAUUUAUAUAAGUAGGUAUGUUUGUACGGCUGGCCCAAACUACUUAAAUGUGGUUGUUAGCAGAAUAUUCAUGGAAAAGAUUGCAACCGCCGAUGCUUUUAUACUUGUAUUUUUUUUUUAAACAUAUGUCUUACAAGGCAUACAACUAAGUAUUACUUUUGUAAAUAUUAAACAAAAACAAAAAUAA